UAUUCUCAAUGUAAAUGAUAUAGCCGUCUCUCCUCUCGUGUGAGUUCACCGUACAGAUUGGCGACUUGUAUCAUGUUUUACUUACAAUUAGUAUUGUACUUAUUAUGUAACUGUGAUAACUUAGUCCUAAGGAAUACGCACCAUUUAUUACAUUCGAAUAAUAAAUGGUGACGCGACGCAUGACGCGUUCAGAGGAAACGCACCAUAAGGGCCGGUUUCACCAUUUCCGAUUAAUUUCAUCAGCCGGUUUUUUUUCAAUUUUAGUGUUCCAUUGGAAUUGACCGAUCCACGGUUGAUACUUAAUCAUCCGAUUAAAUUAAUCGGAGAUGAUGAAACUGACCUUAACCAAUUAAAGUCGAAAGCGGAACAUCAUCUUUUUAAAUAUAAUUACAGAAUAAGUAGAACCAGUUUAAAUUAAUAUUUCACGAUCAACAAAUUAGCAACAAAGUUUUAUAUCGUCAUUAUUACAAUUUCCUUGAUAUAAGAAGAUAAGCGAGAAACAUUAAAAAUGUUACACUCGAAAAAGAAGUAUCUGUAGAUUCUUUAUAUAAUUCUAAAAAAGCCUCGUUUGUUGCAUCGUCUUGAUAUUUAAUAUAAAAUUUUCAAUAAAAAUUCAACAUUAAUUUUGUAAUAAAUUUGUACUUCGUGCCGACAAAUUAAUCCUAUAGGAUUUUGGAAUGUGUGCAACCCGAGCUUUGCUUUGUCUUUUUUUAUGCGCGUUAUAAAACGAGAAUAUGUGUACGUUUUGUUUUGUCACAAAUUCGCUUGAGUUCACUCCUAACAAAAGAAAAGCCUUCUUUCGUGUUUCGUUCGUCAGGCGCGUUAAUCAGCGGAAAUAAGAACAAUAAGCUCGCUGAUGCAGAACUGGAAAUACUCGUAUCAGAUGGGAAUUACGUUUUGACACACCGCUCGACGUACAUUUAAUCAGCGGGGCAUGAUGUGCACAAAAUAAACAACCCAAAUGCGUGACUCAUAAAGGUGAGGUGUCGCCGGAAUGAGAAGUCAAACGAUGUAAAUGAGCUUUACCUCAAAGUGGUGUGUUUCAUUAUAAUUUUGAAACGGCCAAAAAUCGAAAUAACGCACAUGGAAUAAUUAACAAGCGAUAUUACGCGGUUAUAAAACUUAUUGCAGUUUUUCAGCGAUUAUGAAUUAAUCGUGUAUAUGAGUUUAUCUUUUCUCUGCCACGUCUGUUAAUCAAUACUCAAAGUUCAUUUUUUUUAAUACUGUGUGAUAUCGAUAUCAACUGUCUCUGCGCAAUUUAUUUGCCGAGAAUAUUUCAUACCGCGUGUUAUCGUCGCUACGAUAUUGCGAUCCUGCGUUUGACAUCGUUUGCAGAAAAACUUGUUUCUCACGAAGCGCACGCAAUCUCCCGAUGAUAAAUGGUCAUGCCUCCGAUUGCGACCCUCAUUGCGUCUUCACGAGGGUGCCUGCAUAAGCUCAAAGUAGACCGAGAGCGUUACACUGGGACGAGUGCAAAGUGUUAUUGAAUCGCUUAACCGACUUCGUGGUAUAAGCGUAAUUUUCACCAUUGUUAUUAUUCUUAAGCGAAUUUUUCUCGGUAAUCGUCGUUUAAUUAGUACCAAGCAGGUGCGCCGAUUGCGAGGGAACAGAAGCAUCGCGCGAACCGCGCUUCUCGGAGUAAAGCGUGAGCGGUGAGUCAAUGUCAGAAUUCGCGCACUCGGCUGUGUGUGCUGCACGUACAUUCCGCGCUGUCUUUCCCCGCUUUCCAUCGUCGUCAUCGUCGCAUCAAUGUCGGUCCGAGUAGCGAUAAAAGAGAUCGGCGAACCUAUGCCCCGUUAGUAUCCGUGUGUUCUUCGCGGCGAGUGGGAGACGACGAUCUGCCUGGCGGUCCCGGAGAACCAGUUUCCAGACGGAACGCGAUUGUUGUACUCGCGCGAAUACACUCGGAGCAUUCGCGUGCAUCAAGUGGAGAAUCGCCGUCAAGCCGGAACCGCGCAAUUUCUGCGGGACGAUUAAGUGAGACUGAACUUGACCCAUUUUUCAAGGGACAUCGUAGCGUCGAGGCGACACGUUGAUCGCAUUGAGCCUCGCGGACUCCACGAGUGCUGUUUCGUCCCGCUUUCUCUCAGACACGAAAAUAUGGUUCGAGCAUGGUUGUUGUUUGGCGUUCUGGCGUUGGCCAGUGGUCAGAUUAUUUAUCCAGAUCAAUAUGACAAGAUGACGGUUGACCUUGGCGUCGGUCGUGCGUCAAUACCCAACGGUUCUCCCGCGUUGCAAGCGGCCAGCAAUAGUCAGCCCGUUCAGGUCGAUCACCAAUUCAACGGAGAACCUGCCCCGCAGUUUGACGCCGCGGGAUCAGCAAAAGGACAAUUUUACCCCACGACUACCGCUCGCGUACCCCUGUACUCAUCAGUAAACCCGACACCCAGCCCGCAACCCAUGCCUUGGGGCAAUCAUGUGAACGACAUUAUAUCCAGAGGAAUCACAAAGUUCGCUCUGGAUUUGGAUAGAACGAUUUCCAAAACCUCGGGCACAUCGGUGACUAAUCAACCCGAGAAUGUGGUCUUUUCUCCGCUCAGUGUAUCCGUCGCCUUAUCGUUGGUCUUGUUGGGUUCUUCCGGCAAGACCUUCGAGGAGAUCACCCGAAUGCUCGGCUUAGAGACCGGUGUCGAUAUAUCCCAGCACUCGGAGAUCGUUCAUCAGAUGUUCGGUCAGCUCCUGGCCAUCAUGAAUUACAGGGUUGAAGGUAGCAACUUGCCGCGCGUGAAUUCCGCCAGUGGUGUAUUCGUCCAGCAAGGAUAUCCGAUUCGACCCGAAUUCCGUGCAAUCAGCGAGAAUGCGUACAAUAGCGAAGUGAUAAAUUUAGAUUUUCAAACAAAAGGCAGGGAAGCGCGAGACACAAUCAACGCUUGGGUGAAACAACAAACAAUGAACAAAAUCGAUAGUAUCUUGAGUCAACAGCCGGAUCCAUUGACCACCGUGAUUCUUGUAUCCGCGCUGUAUUUCAAAGGUGAAUGGGAUAAGCAUUUCAUAGGAACAAUGACACGGAGGAAACAAUUUUUCAUCGAGCCAAAUGACACGAGCAAAGUGGUCGAGAUAGAUAUGAUGUACAACGGCGGUAAUUUUCCCUUUUACGAGGACAAAUCGUUGGGUGUUAAAAUAUUGGCUUUGCCGUACAAAGGCUUAGAGACCUCCAUGUACGUGCUUCAACCGAAGGCUGAAGGUGCCGCUGCAUUGAAGAGCUUUCAGGAGCAACUGACGCCUGAGACUAUUGAGUAUCUAAUAAGCAAUCUGAAAAACGAGACCUGCAUCGUCGGCUUUCCCCGUAUGAAACUCUCGAGCACACUGAAUUUGAACGGAGUGCUUUACAGUCUAGGGCUACACUCAUUAUUCGAUCCAAAGGAUGCGGAUUUAAGUCUCUUGUCAAAUGGAUUUGGUCAACCGCCACUACCACCAAUUGUGCCGCUUCCGCAAGCGUUGCCCACAUCGAUCCCGCAAGCGUUGCCCACGUCGAUCCCGCAAGCGUUGCCCACGUCGAUUCCGCAAGCAUUGCCCACAAUAAAUCUACAACCAUUCCCUACGGUCCCAAAAGCAUUGCCUACGUCGAUUCCACAACCAUUCCCUACGUCGAUUCCACAACCAUUCCCUACGUCGAUUCCACAACCAUUCCCUACAUCGAUCCCACAACCAUUCCCUACGUCGAUCCCACAACCAUUCCCUACGUCAAUCCCACAACCAUUCCCUACAUCGAUCCCACAACCAUUCCCUACAUCAAUCCCAAAAGCAUUACCACAAAUGCCACGGCAAAUCCCACCUGGGCAAUUGCCGAAUUCUAAGACCGACGAAUUAUUAAUCUUCUCGCGGUUCGGGAAUAAUAACAGUCAGGGCGCGACCAAUGGUGUGAGAAGGAAUUACUUUGCGUACGAUGAUAAGAGACACGGUGUCAGCGUGGAGCAAUGGGACACAGGCUUCAACAUUCGCCCGAUUGACAGAGCGCGUCGCGACGCUGGGAACGAAGGACGCGACGGCACCAAGUCAUCGCGUGUGACGUACGUCACGGAAAACGGUGACCUCGAAAAAGUCCCGCCAAAGGCUGGCGAUGCGAGUACAAGAUACAAGGAGGAGAACUUGGAGGAGAACAAGUAUCGUUUCCGGAAUGCCGAGAGGAAUAGCAGGAGGAAACGGCAGAGCCGACCCAUAGACGAGAGGUUCGUGAAAUUCAUGCAGACUCAGAGCUUCCCAUUUUACGGUCUGGACAAUCUGCGAAACAGCGCGGGCCUCGUAAAUCCGGGCCUGUACGCCACCGACGUGCUGCACAAAGUGGAGAUGGACGUGACGGAGAAGGGAACGGAAGCCGCAGCGGCAACCGCGGUCCUUUUGCGCCGGGACGGCAAUCAGAAGAAGCUGCUCGCCAAUCGGCCCUUCACAUUCUUCAUCAGGCACGACCCCACGAAGCUCAUCCUCUUCUGGGGAACGGUGAACGUACCGACUCCAAGCUACGCCGUCAGAUGAGAUGCGUUGUGAACAACUUCUCAUAGAUAUACCGGAGUCCAAUUCCUACUUAUUUUUUUAUAUAUUUAUACAUUUAUCUAUAUUAAUGCGAUUAUUUUGUGCCUUUUUAUAUACAUGGUGUUAUGUAAUACUGUUUAUUAUAAUUAUGUAAUCAACGCUUAUUGUGGGAUAGAG